AUGGAAAUACAAAAUGAUACAGUGGAAGAAAGGCGUGCUCAUCGAAAUCAAAUGCAAUGCGCAAGAUGCACAACAGAAAAAAGUGGACACCGCUACUCAAAUUGGAACAACAUGGACCCUGGUGAGCAACCUCAAUGUUUGCAAAUACUAACUCAAGUUGAGGAGAUGUUGAUAGAAAGGAUUAGCUUUGUCCUUCAAGUUACCUAUGCAAGAGGAGGCCAACUAAAAUAUAGUGGCCACACUAUUUGUUUUCCUCAAGACAUUUCUUCAAUUGCAUCCCACUUGCCUAGGCAUAUAGAUGGAUUGGACAUGAUAAUAGUAAACAAAGCAAGCAGUGGCCAACAACAAUACAACUUCUAUGUUAGUAGAGGAUGUGUGCAUGAGGCAUUAAAAUAUAAGAUUUGCUAUGACCCAUACUACAAAGAUGUACAAUUAGAUGAAUUAGCAUUAUCAUCUUUACCCAUUAACCCCGCUAAUAUAUUUGACCUGCUAUAUGCAACAACUUCAAAUCUUGAUCCCAUUGACCUAACUUUCAUGCAAGAAGAUGUUACAGAGGAUGAUCCAUUGAUAAAGAACUUGCAAAUGACUAAUUCAUUUGUGGCAAAUCUUCCACCUGCACAUCGAGAGGUCGAAGAAGUGCGCUCUUUAGUACAACUAGGGAAAGGACGCCCAACUCCUAUAGUUAAAUGGCCACCCAUUUCCCCAUCUCCUAUAAAUGAAUACACUACUAAAGGAUUGUUUGUAAUGUCAUUCCCCACUUUGUUCCCUAAAGGUAUAGUUGCAUUCAAACAACCAUUUCUCAAAGAAGUUAAGCUACAUGAGUAUGCUCUCCAUCUUUUAAGAUACCAUGAUAAUAGAUUUGGUCAACACCCAAGGUUUAGGUACUUCAUAUUGAAUAUACUUAUGCAUCAUAGAAGUCAAGCCACCACAUCUGUAUUUGUCCACAAACAACUUGAUGAUUCAAUGCCUAUAACAAUUUCUGACCUUCGACAAAGAUUAAAGGACUUGCUUGAUGACAAACUUGCAGAUCAACUAAUGCGCUUUAGCUCGUCAAUUCAUGGAACAAAACCAUUCUGGAAUCAACGUAGAAGGGAACUUAUAGACAUGGUCAUCCAAAUUGGUUGUCCAACGCUAUUUUUCACACUCAGUGCUGCUGAUACAAAAUGGCCAGACUUGCAUAAUAUCAUGCCAACCACCACACCUACAAAUCCAUAUGCAACUACUAGGUGGAAAUUACAAAAUAUAGUUCAAAAUCCACACCUUAUUGCAAUGUACAUGCAUCACAGAUUUACUGCAUUUCGUGAAGAAGUGUUGGAAAAACUUCUUGGCACAAAUGACUAUUGGUAUAGGUAUGAAUGGCAACAUAGAGGCUCUGCACAUAUCCAUGGUUUCAUUUGGCUACCACAAGCACUUGACAUUGGCAAAUUACAAUGGAAUAACAUUCAGUCAGUACAAAAUGCACUUGCUUACAUUGAUAAAUAUGUCUCCGCAUGGAACCCAUGA